GGCGGCGAUUGGCUGCGGUGCGCGGAGGCCCCUCGCCCAUUGGCUGGGAGCAGCAUCCGCGCGGAGGGGCCCGGCGGCGGCAUGGUUCGCUUCAAGAACAGGUACGUGCUGUGCGAGGUGCUCUCGGAGGACCCGCGGUGCCGGCAGUGCAUCGAGGACCGCGCGGUGGGCCUCGCCGUCAAGGACGCCAUCGCUCGGGCGCACGGGGACUACGGGCUGGGGUGCUGCUGCGUGUCCUUCACAGUGAAGUACCUGAACGCCUACACCGGCACCGUGCUGCUGCGCUGCCGCAAGGACUUCCAGCGCCUGCUGAGCUCGGCGCUGCCGCUCGUCCGGCACCUGGAGGGCCGCGGGCAGCGCUUCCCCUGCGCGCUGCGCACGCUGCACGUCGGCGGUACCAUAAGAACCUGUCAGAAGUUUCUAAUCCGGUAUAACAGAAGACAGCUGCUGCUGCUGCUGCAGAAGUGUACAAACGAAGAGGAGAGGCGCAGCGUGCGGCAGUCGGUGCUGAGCUGCUCCCUCGAGGAAGAGCAGGCACAGAGCGGGGAGGAGGAGGAGGAGGACGAGGACGGCACGGAGACAGACUGAGCAUCACUUGUUCACCUUUGUUUUGUAUCUGUAUAAUCAAGACAAUACUAAGUAUCUUCUGUAUUUAGUAGAGAUGCUUUUCCUGUCCCUACUUAGACUUCGUUUCUCCCUUCCAGGUGUUGUUAAAUAAAAUGCAUUUAAAAAACACAAAAAUUACACUUGA